AUGGAGGGGUAUGUUAUAGCAAUAAUACUAUUUCUUUGUGCUUUUGUUGUAUCUGUUAUUUUCUUCACAUCUUGUUAUAAGAAAGGCAACAAUAACAAGCAGCGUCAUGUGGGGAUUAAUGCGAGGCAAAGAAAUAGAGCGUCAAUUUCUGGUCAAACUUAUGAUUCUGGUAGAGCAGGAGGAGGAAAUUAUAAUGGCAAUGACGUGAGUGGCGGUGGUGCUGCCUUCAUGGCUGGCGCUGCUGCCAUGUCAGCAGCUCUGACAAGCAUAGCUAUUGAUGGUGAUGGUGGUAACGGUGGCGGUAAUGGAGGAGGUGGUGGUGGUGACGGUGGCGGAGGAAGUUGA